GUUUACUUUGAGAUUGAUGCAAAAUACAAAGAUACUUUAAAAUUUUAAAGAAUUUCAGUGUUUUCACAUUAUAUUCGUUAUACUUCUUUUCUGCGAGCCUGUAAAUUAAUGUAAACAUUGUUGGUAACCAAGCUGAUAAGAUGCCAGGAGCAAAGAAGAAGUAUACAGGUAUCCAUGGAGCUGUUGAGGUUGGAGAUGUAUUGGAACUGGAAGCUAUGGUGAAGAAUGGUGCCAGUAUCAAUGAAGUUGAAGAGAAAGAUAAAUUCACACCACUACACACUGCAUGUAAUUCUGGAGCACUUGAGUGUUUACAUUGGUUGCUAUGGCAUGGAGCUGAUGCUACAGUAGCAACAUCUAGAGGAUGGACACCAGCACACAUAGCAGCUAUCAGAGGACAGGAUGCGUGUAUGCAGGCAUUAGUAAAUAAUGGUGUAAGUAUGACAUCAAAAGAUGUUAGAGGUAGUCAACCAGCACAUCUAGCAGCAGCACAUGGCAACUCCUUCACAUUGUGUACCAUUCUACGAGCUGGUGUUGAUGUGAAUGUCACAGAUAAGAAUGGUUGGACCCCAGUGCAUUGUGCUUCCUACCAUGGACGUCUGGGAUGUCUACAGAUGUUGAUUAAGUGGGGUGCUGAAGUAGACCAUACAGAUAACUGUGGCAAUACCCCAGCACAUUUAGCAGCAUCAGAAGGACAGCUUCCUUGUCUUAAGUACCUAGUCAGUAUUGGGGUUACACCACUCCAUGUGUUAGGGGCCAGGAAUGACCAAGGAGAGACACCAAAAGAUCUGGCACAACAGUUUUACAAAGAAAAUGUCAUUGAUUAUAUCAAUGGUUUGGAAUGGGAAAGAGAUCAUCCUGAGGAAACUGAAAAUUUAGCUUUCCCAGCCCAUGUAGCAGCCUACAAUGGUGACUUAGGACAUCUACGCAUGCUGAUAGAAAAUGGUGUUGUAAACAUCAACGAGAGAGACGAUAAAGGUGCUACACCUGCACAUAAAGCUGCUGGACAGGGUCAUAUCCAUGUGUUACAAUGGUUAAUAGAGAUGGGUGCCAACAUGUCGAUUGCCAAUCAAGCUGGAGAACUUCCUCGUGAUAUAGCUAGGAGAUUUGGACAGUUAGCUUGUGUCAAGAUUUUGGGUGGAGAGCCUGAGGAAGAAACAUCAACAGUAGUCGGAGGAGAGGGGUCAGAAGAUGAAGAUGGUAACACUGAUUCUAAAGGUGUUAAUCUGACAGAUAAACAGAGGAAACAACAGAAAGUACGAGCAAAAGAAAAACUUGAGGAAUUAGACAGAUUAUUAGAAAUUGCCAAAAAGAACUACACACAAUUAGGAGGGCGUUUGUCUGAAGACAGAAAACGUCUGCAAGAAAUAAGGGAUAAAGACAAGACUAUUAGUGAGUUAGAAGCACAAUUAGACUAUGAAAGAUUGAGAAGAGAAAAGUUAGAGGCACAACUAGAUCAGUACAGGAGAGAAAUAGCAGACUUGAAGUAUGAAGUACAGGCUAGAACAUAUGGUAGUGACCAAGAUUACCAAUCAAGUGAUGAAGAUGACUAUGUUCAGAGGACCAGAAGAGUAAAGAAAGUUGUAAAAGCAAAGAAAACAAAUGAUGAUGGAGGGAUGUUUAUAAAGAGAAAUAUGACAGUACCAAGAAAAGGCAGUGGACGCAAACAAAGAAUCGUAUAAUAAAACAUAUGUUAGAAAAUUCAUGGAGUUGUUUGUAGAUGAUGAAAUUCAAAGAAACCUGUAAAAACAACUCUCCGAAAAUGAAAAAAAAAAUACAUGUGGAGGAUUUUUUCUAAUAGUUUAAUUCUGCUGCUCAUUUAAGAAAUUUAGUAAUCCACAAUUUAGAAUUAUGAAUAAUUAUUAUUUUUCUUGGAUUUUAAUGACAUUAUAAUGCCAAAACUAAGAUAAACAAAUUUUUUUUUUAAAGUUUUAAAUAUUUAUCUACUGAAUAUGAAUAUUUCAAUUUCAAAUAGUAUUUAAUUUUUGAAAUUUUCUUGGAUUUUUUUGUCAAAGAAAUUUUCAUUGUAAGUCAUUUGUACACAUUUGCAUUGCCAUCAUCAAAUAAUUCAAUUACAAACAUUACUGUUAUAUAGGAGUAACUGUAUGAAUAUGGUAUAAUUUAUACAUCUUGUUACUGUGAAAGGAUGUCUGUACUAAAAGGAUGUGCAAAUACUGUACUCACUUAUUGAGUUUAAUGUUUUACUUGUUUAAUAUCAGUUAAAUGUCAAGUAUUUUCACUCUUGUUUUCUGUUAGGUUUAACCCCUCCCCCCCCAAAAAAACCCCUAAAAACAACCAAAAACAGCAUUUUCCUAUCUCUUUGUAUAAUGUCUUCUAUCCUCAGGUAGGCAAAGAAAAUGAAUAAUGUUAUAAUUCUUUUUUUUUUAUAUUUAUUGAAUAUUAGUGUAUUUGGGGAGGAUGCACUUUUUUUUAUCUAUUUUUAAUUGUAUUAAGUUUAUGUUGUAAGUUUCUGAUUCAUGUUAUGUGUCUGUGAUAUCAUACUGUAACUUACAUUAAAAGUUCUUAAGCUUUAUAGAUACAUUAAAUAUAUUUACAUGCUUAGAA